AUGGGUCCGGGCCGGCGCAGGCCCCGCCGACCCAGGGGAGAGCGUGCGGCCGGGCAGGUGGACGCGAGGCCUGAGGCGCCCCGCCGGCCACCGGUGCCCUCCCGCCCCGUCCCCGGUCACUCCUUCCCUGGCUGGGUCGGGGAUGCAGCCUCCGCCGCUGCCUCCACGCCUCCGCCGCCGCCCCUCCGGAGCAGCCUAGGGCGAGCCCCGCCCCUCGCCGGCCGCCGGGGCAGCCGCCGCCAGCGUAACCACGCCCCUCGUGUGGCCACGCCCCCUCCCGGGCGCCGCCGGCCUGGGACCGCCCACGGGACUGCCCCGCCAGCGAGCCCCGCCUCCUCCUGGGCGCCCAAGGGCCGAGCCCGAGGCCAGGAAGGGGUUGGAAGGUGCAAGGUUCGUGUAGACCCUCCGCUAGACGUACGGUGGUGUGGAGGGCUGGGCACGGUGUCUGACCAGCCGCUGCGAUCAGAGAGCGACCGGGUGGCAGAGACUUCCACGGAAGCGAGCUUGGCGCUGUGUCUGAGGGGUCUGGGCUGCCCUGACGAAGCGACCAUGCUUCGGUUUAUUUCCAGAGUUCUUGCCUUCUUCCGGAGGAGGGUGGACUCGUCGGAGGCCGAGAGGGAGCAGCAUAUGAGGCUCUUGGAAGGUGCCACCAGGUUGAAAACUGUGCAAGGAGUUGUGACGAAUAUUUGUAGUGAUUAUGGUUUGAUUGAUGAAUUGAUCUACUUCAGUAGUGAUGUUGUGACUGGCGAUGUCCCUCUGAAGGUUGGACAAGAAGUCACUGCCAUUGUGGGAAAAGAUAAAACAUAUGGAUUGAAAGCAAUCAAAGUUCAGAUUGUGAGAAGGCAUGUUUACUCCGUUGGGCCCCGGGACUCCUAUGCCAGAGUUUCAUUUGGCUGUGUUUCCACUGUCGUGGAAGGCACUAACUACAUUGAUCACACAACCUACUUCUCUCUAGAUGUCGUUUGUAAAGGUUUCGAGCCUUACCAGGGGGACCGAGUAGAAGUUGAGUUUUGCACCCCGUCAGAGACACUGAACAGAAGGGCCCUGUCGGUGAAGCCUCGGAGACAUAAGCAUGUGCAUGAGGUCUGCAUUACUAGCCUCCAUGGAAGAAAUGGGGUGAUAGAUGAUAGCAUCUUUUUCACCUUGGAAUCUCUGAAGCUGCCUGCUGGAUACACACCUCAUGUAUCCGAUAUUGUUAAUGCUGUCGUGGUGGAGAGCAUUCAGUCCUGCUACACUUGGAGAGCAAUUUCUAUGACUCCAGUGAAAAGGUGCUAAUAAGAGAACAGCAUUUGUGUUCCCUGGGUGCCUUCUCUUUUCUUAUCAGCAAAA